AUGGGCCUCAAAUCGCCACCGUCAACGUCCUGCUCCUCGCCCUCUAUGACCUCGAGCUCCUGGCGAAACUCGUCGUUGUUGCCGUCGUCCAGCAAGAUCACGUUCCGGUCGCUCACCAUCGGUGUCGACCCGAUCUCGUCCUCCUCGUCGUCGUCGGCCACGAGACUGUCGCUCAGCUCGGCAGGGUUGCCCAGAACCUUGUUGUACAUGGAGUUGAUCUCCUUCAGCCGCGAGUUGAUGAAUUCGAUCCACUUGUUGAACUGCGUGCUCUCAAACAGCUUGUCGAACAGCGAGUUGAAAAUAUAG